GGAUGUGUGUAUGUACGAGUGUGUCACUUACGGUUGUGAGAUUUGCUGUCAUUGACCUAGCCUGUUGCCACCAGUAGACCGAAAAGACAAUGGCAGCACAAACAGAAGUUCCCUUUUGUCUUAAAGAGAGCAUAACCAAGUACCUGAAGCCACUAAGGGUUAAGUUCAUGGGUUUGGUGCACCUCAACCAGUGCAAAGGAAGAACAGAGAGCCGAGUGUUGGCGAUGUCUCAAUGGCGGGCUCAUUUAUUCUACAGCAAGCAUCCAGUUAAGGUGGAGAGCUCCUUCAGUUAUCUAGAGAUCUAUGCCAUUAUCAUUGAGAGUAUUGAACAGGUGGUUAUUGAGACAGACAGGCAGAUCUACUCUCUCAACCUGAUGUCUGUGCGAGACCUGGAAGCCGUGGUCACUCAAGUCACUGCUUCACUUAAGAAGAUCUUCCCUGAUUCAUCUCCAGGGAAGCUAUUAAAGAAAAUUCCCCCCGACCUACAAGAGCGUCUGUGUAGUCUUGCCUCCAGAGUAGAACAACACAUAAAUGGAGCUGUUGGACCAUGUGGAGGUUUCUCGGACACGUACGCAGCAUUGUGUGACUUCAAUGAAUUCCCAUGUUGUGAGGAAGUUCAAUGGGAUGUUGACAAUAUUUACCAUGUUCAAAACUGUCGGGUAUUUAACAUCAUAGACUUCAGUCAUUUAGACAACAGAGACUUGGCUUUAGCUGUAGGCGCCUUGUCUUUCAACCAGUGGUUCACCAAGAUAUGCAGCAAGGACUUCAAACUGACACCUGAUGUUCAGGAUCAGGUCCUCUACAUGGUCACCAGGUCCAGCGCUCUGGAAGAAGUUAGUCUGGAAGCCAGUGGCCUCAGAAUGGAUUUUGCUAUUAAGUUGUCCAACGCUCUUCGGGACAAUUCUGCCUCGGCCAUCCAUAUCAUCAACUUGUCUGUCAAUGCUAUAGAGGACAAAGGUGUGAUGGCUCUCAGUCAAAGCUUGGGCAAAUUGCCCCGUGGCCUCAGUCAGCUGUACCUCUCAAAGGUCUCCCUUGCUCCAAGAGGUCUGGGCUGUCUGGUUCAGGUUCUCCGGCAGAGCUCAUUUCUUUGCAAAACUCUGACCCACCUGGACCUGAGUGGAAACACUGGUUGCUUGGCAACAGAGGAGGCUGUGAAUCUCUUUAAAUUCCUGUCUGCUCCUAAUGCUGUUUCACAUCUGAAUCUCAGCUGCACGGACUGUCCACUUGACACGCUCUUUGUAUCUCUUUCCAUGGGCUGCUGCACUACUCUUAGCUACCUCAACCUCUCCAGAAACACGUUUUCUCAUAGGAAAGUGCGAGAGGUCACACGCAGUGUCAUGGAUUUCUUUAGCAAGAGCACUAUGUUGAAAUACGUGGGAUUGUCUGGCACUAAACUACCUCCAGAUGCUCUCAGAUUGUUACUACAGGGCCUGGCCACUAACACUCAUCUAUCUGAGCUGGAACUUGACAUCAGCUCCUGUGAGCUGAGGUCGGCUGGAGCUCAGGUGAUUCAGGACCACAUCUUCGAGGCCAAGGCCAUUUGCAGUUUGGAUAUGUCUGACAAUGGUUUUGAGAGCAAUAUGGUUACUUUAAUUCUCUCCUUUGGUCGCAGUCAAUCUAUUCGACAUCUGUCAAUCGGACGCAACUUUGCCAUGAAGUCAAGAGCUCUUACCGAUGUAUUACACCGCCUCGUACAGCUAAUUCAGGAGGAGGAUUGUCCAUUGGAGUCUCUUUCUGUAUGUGACUCCAAGUUAAAAACUGGCACCACCAUCCUCAUAAAUAGCCUGGCGAGCAACCUCAACCUGUCCAAGAUUGACAUCAGUGGAAACAGUAUAGGUGACAUGGGCGCAAAGAUGCUGUCAAAGGCCCUUAUGAUCAACACCAAUCUAAAAACACUGGUUUGGGACAGAAACAAUGUGACUGCAGGAGGGUUUAUGGAUGUGGCCAACGCCAUAGAAAAGAACACAACACUACAGAACAUGUCGAUCCCAACGAGUGACGUUUUACAAGCCUAUCGAAACAACCCUGAGAAAACAGAAGAGGCUCUGCAGAAGAUUCAGGCUUGUUUAAGCAGGAACAAUCAGAGACGUUGCAACACGGGUGAGGAAAUGUGUCAUCUGCAACAUGAACUCAAGACCACACGUUCUGAACAGUUGGUGCAGGAUCUCUGUAAAAAACUACAGGACAGUGUACAUCCUCUAACCUGCUACAAUAUACAAGAGGUGCAGUCAGACAUACUGUUUGCAGAGGAAACGCUCCAGCAUGCAAAGACAGCCGUUAGUUCUUUUGCAGGGCUUUAUGAACUAGGAAGGGAGCCCUCUAGUGGUGACAUGCUGAAACAUAUUCUCAUUGACACCGCUAAAGCCCUCAGGAGUGAGAUCACGGAGGAAGUCCAGGAAUUGGCAACAGGAGUGCUGCAGUCUGCGCAGUCGACCUGCCCCAGAGUCGUCCAGAGGUCAAGUGUCAGCGAGCAGCUGGCAGAUUGUGUGGGCAAGAAGAUACGCCAGGCAGCAAACUUUAUUCAACACACAAUGCAGGAGGCAGAGAACAGCAUCAGAAACAAACUCAGUGAACUGAAACUGUCUGUCAGCAUCUCUCUGGUGGAAAGUAUAAUUGAUGAAGUUCUUCAGGAUUUGUCAGUGGCUCAGGAAAAGCUAGACAAGCACAUGAGGGAGUUUUCUCAGUCCACCAAUAUGAAGACCAAUGUUCCUCAGCUCAGAGUGAUGGAGCAUGAAUUCCCUACUGAUGAUUACGUCCCAGUCAUCUGCAGGACCAGCUUCCACUCCCGCAGCAUCCGUCCAUCACCUUCCAUCAAAAGUCUGUUAGAUUUGGAAGGGGAACAGCAGGCGCGUGCGGCCGCGCAUCCCCAGCAGGAGGUAGAGGAGAGAGCGGGAGGGGGAGGGCUUCAGGUCUCCGUGGUAGGAGCGGAGGAGAGGAGGCGGGCCCUGUCUUUGUCGUUGGCGACGGGGCCGUCGAUCACAGCAGCAGGCCAUCUGAAGCCAGUAAGCCCCGCCUACUCGGGGAGAGAGGCGGAUGCUGUUGCCGCUGCUGCUGCUGCCGCUCUUAGCAACAGAAAGCUCCGGCGCUCGGAGCCUGCACUUCCUCAGCCCCCUAUGGACCUGCCCAUCGAAGGCCACACAUUGAGGCACUACACGCGCUCCAGGCCCCGACCCAACCGCCAGAACAAACAGCCUCCCAGCAAGCCGCAGGAGCAGCCGGCUGAGAGCAAGAAUGAGGCCAAUGAGAACAUGGGGAGGGUUGACGAAGGUGUAGAAGAGUUCUUCACCAAAAAGAUCAUCCCUGAUGACCCCCUAAAGCACCAGAGGGAGGAGCCCCUCAUUAAAGCACAACCUGCAGAGCCCACGUGUGUCACCACAACCGCCCCUCCCACCACCUCCACUACAACCCCCAUCCCCACCACAGCCCCCUCCAAAAACAUUAAGAAGAAAUUCGGUGACUUUUUCGCCUUUAAGAAAGUCCGUGCUGGCCGAGGGGCCAAGGGCGAGGGCGGCCCCGAGGGCAAGGUCAAAAAGACUUCCAUAGCUGAUCUCAUCCGACCUCUGCGGGAGGCGGCGCGUGCGGAGAAAGAGCGGGAAAAGGAGAGGGAAAGAGAAAAAGAGAGGGAACGGGAGAGAGAGAAAGAGAAAGAGAAGGAGAGAGAGAAAGAGAAAUUGGAAGAGGAGUACGUUGUCAAGGCAGUCACCGCCACCCCUGCCGUUCUCACCAUCACGGUUUCUACACCAGCUGCACCGGUUAAUGAGGACAAAAUGUCACCCAGGGCUCCUUCACCUGUUCCCACACCUGCUCUGACCCCACCUGCAUCCACUCCGACACCUCCCGCCUCCUCCCCAGGCCAAACCGAAGAGGUCCCAGCACUGCCUCCUGCUGCACCCUCCAUCCCCACCAAAACCCCCAGCCCAGUCCCAGUUGUGUCACCCUCAGAACGAGAGAAAAGCAGGAGCCUGGAGAAGAGCCGCACCCCAGAUGGAGAGAGGAGGCCCAAACCCAUCCGGCGAUCGCUUAGAGAAGGAAAAUCACAGUCUCUCAUUCUGCUCUCAGAUGUCUUGCCAGAGCAGGACGGCACAGCCACGCACGCCAAGAAACACACAUCAGAGAGCUCGUCCAGCUUUGAACAGCGACUCCAUGUCAUGCUUCACCGCAUGGGAGUCACCAAAACAUCUCCUACUGACUCCAAACAGAACCAGAGUAAGGAUGAGGAGCUGAGGAAAGCCAACUCUGAGGGGGCGAUACUUGACAAACCCGUGCCACCGGCCACAUUUAUGAAACCCCGCACAAUGUCCACCUCAUCAGACACCAGGCGACCAACCCGUGUAAGCCAGAGUGCUCAGGAGUUUCACCGUCCAGAAAGACCAGUCCCCCCAGAGCGUCCUAUAGGCCCGCUGCCUCCUAAACCGCUCCUAAAGCCCCCCCUACUUCCUGCCAGUGAGACAGCCCGGACAGCCACACCCACUUCCAAGCUGCCCAGCCCCUCUCAGGAUGAGGAACUAGAGACCAUUUCACUCUCCCAUCCCCAGGAAAAUGAAGCCCCGAGCCCAUCUCCCCGCAAAGAGAUGCCACCGGCACCCUCGCCACGGAGGAUUCGCAGCACGGACAUCCGAGAGCGUGCAGAGAGAGCACAAUCUGUCUCUGAAGAGACCCUCCCUAUGCCACGGCCUCGGAUGAAGCCCUCUCCUCAGCGCCGCGCCGUGUCUGUUCAUGAAGAUUCUCUCCUCCAGCACGCGGCCAUGCUUGACCCUGAGGAGCUAAAGGCAGCAUUGCCAAGACGACAGAGGUCACCAGGGCAGAAACUUUUGAACCUGGGGGAACUGACGCCUUGCUCAGAGGAUUUACCAGAGGGUGAGGAAGUCAAAUCAGAGGACAGAGAAGAGAGCACUGGACAGACAGAUGAGACGGACAGCACAACUGUCACAGACAGCCAAUCAGAGCAAAGCCCAUCCGGGCCCAGGGAGCAAGUGACCAACCAGGAGAGGGGGGAGACGGUCUCCGAGCAGCACACAACGCAGGGAGAAACAUCAGACCAAAGAACUGAAUCCCCCUCACCUGUGACACACGCGGACUGACCCUGCGCAAAUCUAUUUUCUAUCAUGUGUACCUUUGCCUUGCACGCCAGAUUAUGUACAAAAGAAUGGAUUAUGAAGAAAUGCGUUUUAAAAGAAGAGUAAAUCGAUACAUAUACUUGUUAAUAAUUAUUAAAAAGUGAAUUCUGUUGUGUCAA